AUGGCCAUCGCUAAGGCUGCUCCUUCUUUUCGUGUGGCAGUACAACCACCAGCCCCGACGACGCCGAGGCCGGAGAAGAGGUAUCGCAUGCUCGUCGCCGUCGAUGAGAGGAAUGAAUCUCGCGACGCUGGACCAGCUGACGUAGAUCCCGCCACGGAGCCCUCUCAUGGCGAUUACCCCUCAGCGUACUCUCGUCAGUCGCCUGGCCCGUCCAGGGGCACACCGUCAGGGACGUACACGUACACCUUUGACUUAUCUUCGUCCUCGUCGUUCCAUCCUUUAGCUUUCUCCCCUGAGCCCGACCCCGAACCUGCCUCGAGACAUGGCCCGAGGAAACAUACCUGCCGUAUUUGCCUCAAGCGGUUUAACAGGCCCAGCAGUCUCAAGAUACACGAGACGACACACACUGGCGUCAAACCGUUCAAGUGCCACUGGGAGGGUUGUGGCAGGCUAUUUAAUGUGAAUUCCAAUAUGCGCCGCCAUUUCCGGAACCACAUCACUUCCCAACGUGCGAAGGCGGUACGAGCUGCUUCGCAGCCUGGGACGCCGGUACAGUUCCCUGGUUAUGGCAUCGAGCCUUUACCUCAUAUCCGCCCAUCCCACCACGACGAGGACGAGAUCGAAGCCUCGUUGACCGCGGAUACAGGUACCGAGCCCGAGUCCGAAGACGACCACAUGCGCUCCGAAGGCGAAAUGGAAGACGAAGAAGGCACCCACAUCCCCACGUCGCCAUGUUCUUUCAUAUCAUCUCCCCCUUUCCACCGCGUAGCCUUCAAGGAGAGUGGCACUUAUGACGCUCAGGACCAUGAUGAGAACCCUUGCCAUGCGUACUCGACGUCAUACACCCGAGCACAAUCACAGCCGCAAGCUCAGUCACGAUUCAUCUGGGUCGUCCUUCGGGCAUAUGUCGCCCGCAUCGAGGUCUGGGAAUUCCAUUGA